GACUAAUAGGUAGUGUUGUUCUUCCCAUGUGAGGAGGCGGCGUAUACUACCCCUAAGGCUCAGAGAGGCUUUUUCCCAUGAAAAAUAAGAAGGAAAAAGAACGGUGCAGUGCAGGUUGAGCCUGCAACAAUUUGACAAAAAAGAAGUUUUCUUCCAAAACUUUGAGGGGCCUUCCAAUCCAAAACCUGGGAUUCCUCAAUAACAGACACUGCUGGGAAGAAGGUAAAUCCUGCGGCUUUGGUCGUUAUUCUUGAAGCAAUAUCAAAAGGAAUUUCAUUGGGAACCUUCUGGGAAGUCGGAAUUUCUGUAUCAUUUGAACUUCGAAGGUUAUGAGGAAAGAUUCGAUCUUCUAAAUUCUUCAAAAAUGUCGAAGCUGUUCGGGAAGAUUGCUAGUUUUUUCAGGUCCCGGAAUCUCAUUGGAGUCGACAAGGCAGGCAACCAAUAUUUCACCAAAAACGAAGUGAUCGAUGGAGUCAUGAAAGAAAAAAGAUCGGUAAUAUUCAAAGGAGAGCAGGAUCCUACUUCCAUUCCAGUUGAGUGGAUUUGUUGGUUGAAUGGGCAGCGAAAGAAAGCACCAACUCCUGAGGAAAUGAUUGAGCUGGAGGCAAGGCGUGAACGUGUUAAACUUAAUGUUGCUCUUCUCAAGGAAAAAGAAGAACAGGAAAAGAAAGCUGGACAGAAAAUUACUCGGCAAAGUGUGAGCACUGGUAAAGUUGAAGGCCCAAAUUUGAGAAGUUUCAUUCGACAAUUUCCAGCUGCUUCUAUGAAAGGUGACCAGCAUGGGGAUGCAUCUAAUGCAACAGAUAGCAUGAGGAAUGCUGAAGAAACUAGGAAAGAAAAAACAGUUCCUCCCAAAGUGAAGCAGCAGCCUGAGUCCUCAGAACCUGCAGGAUCUGGUCAAUCCUUCAGACCAGGAACAUGGCAACCACCAACAUGAGGAACAAGUCGAUGGACUGGCACUUCAUCAACUAUGAACAGUUUGUGCAUUGCCAAAUGGAUUGUUCAAUCAUUGAUGGGACAUUUUUCUUGAUUUGGACCACAUUAUACCUUGAAGCAGUAUCUUGAGGCACCAUCAUUUUAAGGGCUCACAAGUUGGAAGGUUCUUUGAAGGGGCACAAGUUGUGCAGGAGUAGAUGAAGUCGCCAGAACUGAGCUACUCUGCAGGAAUAGGUAUUGGAAAGUUGUUUCCAACAAUGCAAGUUUGAUAAGUAUCUCUUGUUUCAUGCCCCUGUUGAUUUUUUUUAUUUUUGUUGAAGAGUUCAUCCACAGAUCUAAUCAUCAUUAGACACUGUAGAGUCGAUGUGUGUUCUCUAUGUUUUAACUUAACACAAUUUUGUUGUGCUUUUGAACAUCAAUUCAUGGUUAUCAUUGAAAAUUUUUUCUCAA